AUGCCCCUGCCGCACCGACGAAGCAUGGACGUCGCCUCUGAGAUCAUUCGUCUACACGAGAUGUAUCAGACGCUAGAGCUCAAGCUAGGCCACGAACAGAAGCAAAACCAGUCGCUGCAUCAGUCGAUAGUAGAGCUGCGCGACCAGCUGGACGAGUCCGCCAUGGAGAAGGAGGUUUUGGAAAGGCAAGCAGACCUGCUGAAAGAUGCCCUGGGAGAGAAGACGAAGCAUAUUUCCAUGCAAAACUUCACUCUCAUUGAGGCGCAAAAACAGGCGCAGCUACUGGCGGCGUCAAACACCGAGCGUGCGCGGGUAAUAUCCGCGCUCUAUCAACAUAUCCGGUGCCCAGAGCAGCAAGAAGAGCUGUGCGACCAGGGCCGAGAGAAGAAGAGAAAGGUGGAAGAAUCAGAGCUGUAG